AUGCAAAGGCACAGUUCGCACCUGCUUUUGCUCCUAGUUGCAGUUGUCAUCCCCGUUUGUUCCGAGGAUAAACUGGACUUUACUAAGUUGCGUGACCCGUUUGACAUGGAUGAAAUAAACAGGAAGCUUCAGGAAAAAGUUGCCGACGAUGAUCCGGUCCAGAAGGCGAUGCCAGAUCCAAUGGAUCCAAAGUUUCGCGCACCCCUCCGGUGCUCCGCAUGUGGAGCCGUUAUUGAGCACGCUGUCCGACUUCUAAGGCCCAUCAUUGAACGACAGUCAGAGCGAGCAGCUCGCAGCGGCGGUGUUUUGCCGGCUGACGCACUGCCAAAAGAGUACGAAAUGGUUGACAUUUUUGAGAAUUUGUGCGGUGAGGUGGGGCGCCUGUACGGACUGGAGGUUGAGAAAGACAAGAAGAGGCCCACGUUGCGCUUUUCCAAAUCAUUUGGUGUAAGCCGCCUGCAGGGCGCAUGGAUGCCAUCUUUUCUUACCUCUACAUGUGAGGGUGUACUUGAUGUGGAGGGGGAAGAGAAACUUGCCGCCAUGAUCCUUGGGGUUGCGAGGUCUGAGGCUGAGGCAGGGAGGGGAAAAGUAAUAUCAAUGAAUCCAGAUCAAGGGAUCGUAGACAAGGUACGCGAGAUGGUCUGCACAAAAUGGGAAGAGUCUGCGAAGGGAUGUGACGCAUAUGGUGUGGCAAUCGAUCCGAGGGAGACUGACAACGAUGAUGGUGCUGAAGAAGCUGCUAGUGAUCUAUAG